GAUCUGUGGCGGAAGCAUGUUGUGUGUGUGUCCGCAUUGGUUGGUGAUUCCGUUUCCAAAGCUUGCAUUGUUACUCCGUAUGAUGACAACGAAGAAACGAAGGAAAUAAAAGUAACAGAAACCUAACCAUUUUCCUUAUCUCCGUGCCUCUGGCUCUGGGUUUGCACUUGGCGUAUGGCCUGGUUUUUUCUUAACCAGGUCGUCCUUCCCAGCUCCCAAUCUUCCUCUCCUUGCGUUCCAUUCCGCCAUUGACAUUCUUCAACUUUAAUUUCUUCCACAAUGAACGAUCUUCUAACGGAAUCAUUUGAGAUCCCACGUGGCCAAGGUCGUGGUGGUGUAGACAUUGAGUUAGGAGCAUAUGGAAUGAACUCAGGAGAACUGGGCUUGAAUCUUUUCUUCAAAAAGAUUCAAGAGCUCGAUAAACAAUAUGCUAAGCUGGAUAUGCUUUUGAGAAGGCUCCAGGAAGCCCAUGACGAGUCAAGAUCUGUGACCAAGGCUCCUGCCAUGAAGGCUAUUAAAGAGAGAAUGGAGAAAGAUGUUGAUGAAGUUAAAAAAACUGGAUAUUACAUAAAGACAAAAAUUGAAGAACUGGACAAAGAGAAUUUGGCAAAUAGGCAGAAACCUGGAUGUGGAAAAGGAUCAGGUGUUGACCGAUCACGAACAGCAACAACUAUUAACUUGAAAAAGAAACUGAAGGACAAGAUGGCUGAAUUUCAGACCCUUAGAGAAGCCAUUCAUCAAGAAUACCGUGAAGUUGUUGAGAGACGUGUGUUUACAGUAACGGGCACAAGAGCUGAUGAGGAGACAAUUGACAGAUUAAUUGAGACUGGAGACAGUGAGCAAAUCUUCCAGAAGGCAAUUCAGGAACAAGGAAGAGGGCAGAUAAUGGACACACUAGCAGAAAUUCAUGAGCGGCAUGAAGCAGCUAGAGACGUUGAGAAGAAGCUUGUUGAAUUACAACAGAUUUUUAUGGAUAUGGCAGUAUUAGUCGAUGCACAAGGUGACAUGCUUAACAACAUAGAAACACAGGUUUUAAAUGCAGUAGAUCACGUGCAACAGGGCAAUACAGCCCUCCAUAAGGCAAAGAAAAUUCAAAGGAAAUCUAGAAAAUGGAUGUGCAUUGCACUCAUAAUAUUUCUUGUCAUUCUUAUAAUCCUCCUUACCAGUGUCAUCAAACCAUGGCUUGCCAAAAAGCAGGGUGUUUAAUAACUGAUUCUUGAUCCAUAUGCCUGUGUUUGGUCUGUGUCCUCGCUGCUUUUUCAUAUUCUUUCAUUCUUUUCCUUUUUCUUUUCGUUUAAAAUAUGCACACAUUUUAGAGUAAAUAGUCAAACUAGUUCUUCAAAUUUCACUCAUUAGUCAAAUUAGUCUCCCAAAUUUAUCAACAUAAGCUAUGUUUGUCUUUGCAUAGAGUAUUCGGAGGAUGAACAUAAUUAACGUUAAUUAAUUUGGAGGAUCAAUAUGAUUUAGUUAAAAUUUGGAGAUUAAUUUAA